AGCGUAUUAUUUUCGCAGUCAGCGAUCAUCAAAAUAGUUUGUUCAACUUAACUCAAAUUUUGCCUUGUAACAAAUAUUACCAUAUUAGUGUCUGAUAGCACCUUAAUGAGGAACAGGUCCCAGUUAGAUUGAGCAACUUCUAAUAGCCACCAGCUACAGGAUAUGUCUGCCGUUGUGGAUCCAAGGAAACGAAUUCGUGAGGAGGAUGUGAACGAAUUCAUGCCCCUGUCGAAACGGAUAAAUAAUCUACACCUGAACAACAACGGAGGGGUAGGGUUCCCUACGGAACAUCAUCCAGCUGUUGCGAGUAUGCAUAUGCCUUUGUUGGAGGGUCACCAGGCAACUUUUCCCCAGUGCAGUUCCAGUAGUAGCAGCUCCGGAAGUACCUGCCACUCCAUACCGUCCGGCGGAAGUUCUCCCAGUAAUGGCGGUGCUGGUACAAGGCCACCGUCCCACGGUCAGGACUCGCUGGUGGUAAACGGGGAGGCACUGGGCGAGUAUUGUCCCGAUUUGAGUGAGCAUGAAAAUCCACACUACUUCAAUCGAAACAAGGUGCUGUACGAACUGUUCCUGGAGCGGAUGCGACGGGAGCAGUGAAUUCCCUGCCGUUACAUGAGUUUUUAUGUGUGGACAAUAUUCGUUUCAAUAUUCAUUACAAUCUGCGAUGAGCGUCCAGGAUUUAGCAUUCAAUCAGGCACGGCUUUUUCCCAUUGGGAUUGAUUCUCGAUAAUUUAUCUCAUAGCUUUGCUUAAAUAUGGCUCGGAAGAGGCGAACUACAUGCUAAUAUCAGACAGGAAGCUGCUUCAAAUAUGAUAUAUUUAUAUUGCCAACUAUAAUUAGUGUACUAUCAACAAUGUAUUUAUUACAAAUUUGAUGAAAAAAAAAAAAUUCAAUAAAAUCGGAUAAAAA